GAUUCAUUUCAAUUUAGUCCCAUCAACCGUACGGUAGUGUAUAGCUCUACAAUAAACUUUAAAAUUAGAUACGACGUCUGUUAAUAGAUUAUUCUAUGAUUAACGUCAGUAAACGGGUGUAAAUGUUGAUAUGGAUUUGUACGACAUCCUUCUACAAGCAGGAUUGAUAACAUCCGCAUUGGUUUUAUAUUUAAUUUAUAUUAGAAGACCUACUAACAAAAGUGGACCGUACAGAGAGAAAGAAUGGAAUUACAUAAUAAAAUAUAUCUUUGCACGUAUUGCUGUCAGGCGAUGGAAAUCACAGUUCCCUUCAAAGUUCGUGGUGUCAGAGACGAGUAAGGAAGGUCUUACAGAAGGAUGGGACGGCAUCUCAAUACGGACAUCUGCGACAGAUGGCACCACCGUGCUGUUAGGUAUACGCAAAAUAUGUGGGCGCAAGCCAAUGGCCGAAGUUAAUCUGUAUGUCAAAUUAGUUGAUGGAACUUCAUACAAAUUACCAAGUUAUCCUGAAACAUUAGUGGUUCCAUGGGAAAGUAUAGAAGACGGAUGGAGCGCGGGAGGUUUGAAGGUACAGAUCCUCGAACCGGAGCAAAGAUUGAGAAUUUUGUACAACGGUUUACUAAGGAAUUCAAUUGACGACACCACACAGCAUGUACGACUUAAUCUUAUUUGGUGCUCAGCAACGAGUGUGGUGAGGCACCCAGCGGACUGGAGUGAGCAGCUUGCUGCGCACGCGCUGGCGCUCGAGACUUGGCGCGAUGGUUCCUGGGCUCAAAUACUAAGUAAAUUCGGCCACAACAGCUGGCUGCAGUUCGGCGCGGCACAGGGCACGCUGCAGACGUUCGACGAGGAGGGCGCCCUGCAGAAGAGGGAGCGGCUGCGGAUGCGAGGAGUGCGCGAGAGAGGCUGGUCACGUGACGUCUGCGCCAGGCGCGCCCUCACUCUCACCGCAGUCGCUAAGGACGGCACGGCUAUCAUGCUGAGAGGACUUUCCUACAAGAAUAUUUUUAAUGAAUUAAUCUCGGGCUGCGUAAGGUUUCCGGACUACACGAUCAAACCUCUCACCGCCACUGAUCUCAUUAUGUCAGAGUUUUGUGAAACUCCCGAUGGAAUACCGAAAGUUUACACAAUCACAGCUGUUGCAAAUGGUCGCAGUUUAAAAGUUGUGUUAAGAAUAAAUGACGACGGUGUGAAAGUCAUUUCAUUAACCCCACACAAACAAGACAUUGUUUACCGAACACUCGCUGUCGAAAUAAACGGAGAGCAUGGUACAGGCAUCUUAGAGUUGACAUACGAGUCUUCUGAUAAAACGCCUAUCCCACAACAAGCAUCACAGACACAUAUUUUAAAAUGGUUAAAUGAAGACAAAGCAGGUUCAGUGGGUUACUGUUUAAGUUUCGAGGACAGUGCUGCGGCUUGUCCAGCGUACGUCGGCGGAAAAGGAGCCUCCUUAGCACUACUGGCUUCCGUACAAAACGACGAGGGUUACAAGGUGCCUCCUGGUUUUUGUUUAACCACAAAAGCAUUGGAAAGGCAACUCGAAGUGUAUCCGGAGUUAAUUCAGGCGAUAAAAGGCAUCGAGGCUGCUAAUGAAGACUACGAUGAAGAUAUUUUUAAACAAAAAUGUGAGACAACAGUAGAGUUAUUUAUGAAAACUGAUAUAUCAGAAGAUAUUAAAGAAGAAAUAUUGAAGUACUUGAAUGAUUUAAGGAUAAAAAUAAAGGAACAGAAUUUUAGUAUAGAAGAACGCUUUGCUGUUAGAUCGUCAGGUGUGGGAGAGGACAGCGAGGCGACGACGGCGGCGGGACAGAACGAGACGGUGCUGGGUUGUGUGGGCGACGCGGAUGUGUUGCGCGCAGUGAGGCGCUGCUGGGCCUCCAUGUUCGCCUUUAAUAGCUCUUAUUAUCGUCGACAAAACGGUCAACCAUGUUCGUGCGGGGGCGGUGUAGUGGUACAGGCGUUAGCGAGUGCGCGCGUUGCCGGUGUGUUGUUCACACGACACCCGCUCGGCGACCCUUCAAGACUCCUCAUCACUGCUAACUACGGACUUGGAGAGAGUGUGGUAUCCGGUUCUGUUGAACCAGAUUCAAUAAUAGUAAAGCGUGAAACAAGCGGACUAAGGAUAGCUAAAAUCGAUCUGGGAUCGAAGAAAGAACGAGUGAAGCCUGAUGGGGAUGGAGUGGCUGUAGAAACGGUCUCUGACGAAGAGCAAAAAGUGCCUUGUCUGACUGUGUCGGAAAUAUUAAAGCUUGCGAAAUUAGGCGUCUCGCAAGAAGAACUGUGGGGUGCCGGAAGAGAUAUUGAGUGGGCUAUUAGCGAUGGUGUCAUAUAUUUAUUACAAGCCCGACCCAUCACAUCGUUAGAGCGCUGGACUGAGGAGGAGCUCUUGCACGAACUGGACUUCCCCAUCAUGUCGGAUGAUGAGCUACUUACAUUCGCUAACACAGGAGAGGUACUUCCAAAACCUUUGACACCUAUGACUUACGACCUAGUGUUGACGCCUCUACAGAAAGGUAUCGACGGUGUGAUCGGAUGUAACGGUGACCACUACGACCGUAGUAUCGCCGUCACACACAACAGAUGUGCACUCGUACUCUACAACUCUGUGUAUCGUCGUAUGCCACCUAAAAUAGACAUCGGCAUCCGCAUGGUGGAGAUGGCGGUGCACGGACACAAGGUCGCCGACGACAACAUUGUCAGUACGGCGCUGCACAGGCGGCGGCCGCACUGCCUUGACAGAGUCCUCACUAUGGCAUCUAUGUUCAAGUCAGUACUUUUUGCAAAAUCGACAAUGAAUGAUACGAUCAAGCGAGUGAAUGAAAUGAACUUGGAGAUCGAGACGAGCGACCCCCUGGAAUACAUGAACAGGCUGGUGGCAGGUCUGCCGGAGCGGAUGCAGACGUACAGCGCCAACCACAGCCACACCAGCUCGGCAAGCACCUUCACACAGUUCAUCGCGAUGAGCAUACUGCUGGAGGGGAAGGAAGAUUUCACACCAGAGCACUGCAGUGAAAUAGGCGUCCUUCUCAGUUCAGGCGACGUGCUCUCCGCCCAGGUGCCUCUCGCUCUGGCCGAUAUCACUAGAGAGCUGGAGGAUUCCGGCAAAGCUGAGGAAUUCCGUGUUCUGGAGCCCAACGACGCGAUGACCUGGUUACGAAAAAAUCUUCCUCACGUGCAUAUGGAUAUAUGCCAGUUCUUAGAGCAACACGGCCACAGAGCUAUUAUGGAGUUCGAUCUAGCGACAAAACCAUGGGCACUUGUACCAGAGGAAUUCAUUAAGGUACUACAAACAAUGCCAGCGACGAAAGAUGCGAGCAAAAUAAUUAAAAGUAACGCUGAAAUUAUUGCAUCUCUAAAGACACCUCAGAAACCCAGCACAAGAAAAGCUCUACGUUGGGUUCUACCUUUAUGUCAUCGCUCAGUUCGUCACCGCGAAGGGACGAAAGCGCAUUUGAUCCUCGCGAUACAUAAACUGAGACUGUCAAUACUAAACCUGGCGAAACUGUUGGUACGCCAGUGGUACCUGCCUCAUCCUGAUCUUAUAUUCUUCUUCAGACUCAAUGAACUUCGUACUUAUAUAGAGAAGAGAAAUCCAGCUAUAUUGAGAAAGGCUAUACAGCGUCAACAGCUGUACCCCGGCUGGUGUAAGCUCAAGUUCGCGGAGGUCAACACCGGCUGGUUUGACCCUCUGCCGACCGCCGGGCUUGCGGUGACCGCCGGUGACGUCACCAUACAGGCGACCUCAGUGUGCGGUGGGGAAGUCGUGGGCAGGGCUUGCGUUGUCAAGGAUCUCUCAGAGAUAAGCGAGUUGCAGUCAGGAGACAUAUUGAUAACGCACUCGACCGACAUCGGUUGGUCGCCAUACUUCCCACUGCUGAGCGGCAUCGUCACAGAACUAGGCGGUCUCAUAUCUCAUGGUGCGGUAAUAGCGCGUGAGUACGGUCUACCUUGUAUAGUGGGCGCCACAAACGCUACGAGCGCCUUCGCAACCGGCGACACAGUGCGCCUCUGUGCCACAACUGGCACCGUGCAAAGAGUGCAUCUACACACUGCUGACACUGUAGCUGAGACCGUAGCUGAUGAGUAGCUGUUCUCUAUGGUCUAGUUGAAUA